AUGAAAGAUGCGCCGCUCCCUCCAGACCGGGAGUCGCACGAUGCCCACGUGGCAAACCUUGAGCGUUUCCUCGCAAAGCUGCAGAGCUAUCCGAGCAUGCUGGAACGGUGCGUGAAGGAUAAGCGAUAUGUCGCUGAGCAGUUUCAGCUGAUGGAGAGCAGCAAGGUAGAGGCACAUGAGGCUGGUGGAGAGGGUGAUGAGGGCCCCGACGCAGCUGCUCUGUUCGCACCAGUAUCCUGGCUUUGGUACCUUAUCGGUCGUGACUAG